AUGCAAAACUUCCCUGGGACGGAGCAUGACAAGUUAUGCCUUUGGCCAGCUUUUGUUGCCGCAGACACCACGCCUUCGCCGUGGCUGCCACGGGUCGCCGACGGCGGGCCGCUCCGCGUAGAGCGUUGCUCAUCGCCGGCCCAUGCCGCCGAAUCGCCGAGCUCAGCUGCCCCGACUGCCGCAGCGAACCUACAGGCCCUGCAGACGGACGCCAUUCGAUACCGGCAACUCUACCAGACAGCAGUGCAAGUGAAGCUCUCACACCAGCAACACCAUAUGCACACGUGGGAUGCCAAGCACAAGUGCCACGUGCCGCUGCCUGCUUGCCAAAAGAAGGACGCGCCAAACAAAUGCAAGCAUGGCUUUCCAAAAACCAUCUGCGACGUGGCGCGCGUCGUGUGCCGGGGGAAUGCUCGCAAAUUUCGUCAGAGUACGGCUGGCAGACGAAAUGCACUUGGCUGCGUCCUCAAUCCACGUGACAACCAAUGGCUGUCGGGCACGAUGCAUGCAUUUACCCUGAUGUUCAUGGGCAACAGCCAUACCGGCAUCAAUUUCCGCAUCCCACUAUUGCCGGAAACGCAUGACCCGGCAUGCGAGCGGAACUGCUUGGAAACUAAUACCUUGCAGCGCCUCCAACGGCUAAUGCAGCAUGCCGCGAAAAAAGCGACGCAAUACUUCACAGGAUAUUUGCAAAAACCCCAGCCAUUGGGUCGGAAAGAGCUGCAACAAGCCGCCAAGCACCUGUCAUAUCUCGACAUUACCCCUGCUAAAGGCGCGGAAGCCAAGCACUACCGGAAAGUGUUGCAUCGAGUGUGCGGUGACUUGGAAUUUCGCUGUUCCGUCCGCCCCCUGACGGAAGAAGUCAUGUUAGCCGGUUUCUGGGACGGCGACGAACCCACGUCUGCCGAAUGCAUUCGCUCCUUUGCCGUCGUUCCCUUUGUCGGCAGUGCAUGGGUCGCCCAGUACGACAAAGCAACAGAAGUGCGACAUCGGGUCAAACCAAGCCACCACAGACAGGUCCAACUGGGAGCCAGCGAGCUGUAUGGUUGGCGCGGCUCUGAUCCACGGCUCAAAUAUCUAAGCCCCUGGGAAUUUACUGCACUUUGGGAUGUGCAACGUCUGCAGCCGCUUCAAAAACAACGCAGCGAUCUCAGUGCCUGGCUCCCAGGACGCGGCGAAGGCCCUGAGCCCGCUGAUGGAUGGCAAUUUGGGCGAGAUUUCACUUGGAAGACACCUCUCGGCCACAACUCCGAACAUAUUGUGCCCCUACCCCGCCGGGCCAACACGGCACCAUAUGCGGACCACUAUUUCUGCCGCCGGGCGGUGCCACUGGUGCCAUACCCAACGUCUUGCCCCUUACCGAAAGUAGAUAUGAGCAAAGACCAGCAAGCGCGCCUGCUGAACAUCUAUCUCCGCCCAUGGACAUUAGCCGGUGACGACGCCACGUUGCAUGUGCCACAUAUUCAGGCCUUGGACAUCCCCAUCACUGAUCGCCAAAAGAAGCCUUCCCAUCGGUGUGUCGGAAAAACUUCGGUGGGGUACCGCAGUCACCACACGGCAUGGAGAGAUUACAUUCGCCACCACAUCGUGUCUGCAAAUGCCGCUCGCACCAUCGCAAAUUUCUUGGCUGCUGCAGAGUGUUCGCCGGACGACGUCGAGGAAGCAACCGUCGACGAAGCCAGGAAGCCGGACAGGGAAGUUGACACAAGCUGGGUUGACAUGACGACCGUGCAACGCCUGACUGCCGGAGAAGGGUUCCAAUACUCCAAGCGGUCGGCCCAGACCGUCCAGAGUCUUGUGCACGACUGGACAACACCGCAGACAAGCACGAGCAACCAAGGGCCGCGGCAGUUCUCGACCGGCCUGCCAGACCCCGGCCCAGCACCAGCAACCGGGGCAGCUGGCGCAGAUCCCUUCGCCCAACAAACGCAACCGCCACGCCCGGUGGCCACGAACUACGGAACCUUCAGGUUGGACGCGGCCCGGACGUGGUUGCAAGCUUUGAACCGGCCCGGGAUGACGCCAGCCCCCAACCCACAACAAAAGCAAGUUCUUACAGCCGUUGUGGAAAGGUGCCACGCCGAAGCUGUCGAGGAAAGGGCUGACAAGCAGAAUCGAUCAGAACCAUUUCGAGCAAUCUUGCAUGGGGUGCCGGGCGCAGGGAAAUCCCAAACCUUGCACUGGCUUCGCACGUUUUUCGAAACGGUGUGUGAUUGGCAGCACUUGCACGAGUUUGCCUUCGUAGCCCCGCAGAACACGCAAGCGGCCCUCAUAGAUGGAAUCACCAUUCACUCCUUCGCGGAUAUCCGCGUGCAGGGCAAGAAGCAGAAAAAGGAAACGGCUUUUGGACCAGAUCACUUCGUCAAGUACCAACACCUACGCUGGCUUAUCAUCGACGAAUGCAGCACAUCAGCCCUGGAAGUACUGGCCGUGUUAGAAAAACGCCUGCAAGAAGCGGUCCGUGCCAGGCAUUCGUGGAAAUGCCGCACCACCGGCACGCCCCGGCCCUUUGCCGGCAUCAACAUUCUGCUGGCCGGCGAUUGCUGGCAAUUCCCUGCCGUGAAAGCCACGUCCAUCUUCCAUAACCCCUUCAAGCACGGACAAAGUGUUCAAGUAGCGAACCUCCAGAAAGUCGUGUGGACGCAUGACAGACAGAACAUCCAACACCUGUUCGAACUCACCCAAGAGCAUCGUUGUGUCGAUCCGUGGUUAAGUGCAAUUCUCCAUGCCGCCCGACAUGGAGCUGUAACUCAAGAACAGUGGGCGUUUCUGCACGGCUUCCCGACCUUGCACGCCGGCUCGUGGAACCCCCACACAAACAAGUGCUCUUGCAAAAAGCCGGCCUGCGAUGCCUUGGCCAAGCAGUGGACCAAGGAAGUGUUGGAUCCGAAAAAUACAAGAACCUGGCAGGAUCGGCGCCAAGCAGAAUGCGAGGUCUGUGCGGCCGAACGCCGGCGGCGCUGCAUCGUUGCCGGAGCAUCCGACUUUGGGCCCAAUCCAAAAGACAGCAAAUUUUUGCAGGCACCGUUUGUGCAUGGACUGAAUGCUGCCAAGUACGUCGCAGCACUGCUGCGGGCCCGAUGGGUGGCGGCCGAGCAACAGCAUCUCUUGCUCUGGGUCGUGGCGCAGGACACGCCGCUCUUCCACACCGACCCUGACACGGAGGCCCAAGAGCUUCAGCACCGAAAAGAGCAAUGGCUUCAGCGACAUGACCAGGCGACAGCAGGGAUAAUGGGCCUUUUGCCACUCUUGCCGGGCAUGCCCGUGCGCAUCACCCAGACCUUGCCCGAACUGAAGCCCUGGGGCUUGUUCAAGAACACCCGCGGACAAUUGUUUGCGUGGAGCCUGGCGGAGGAAGACAUUGCGGCAAUCCCGGCCUGCCAGCAGCCGGAGCUGGUGCUCCAAAAAAUGCCGGCAUGCCUCUUUGUCGCCAUCCCCGGUGCCACCUGGCAGCACCGCCCAGGUCUCCCACCGGGGGUCGCUUGCAUUCGCCCGGUCGUGCAACAUUGGAAACUCGAAGCCCACGGCACCGCCACGGUCACCAGACGAGGUUUUCCGCUGGCCUGCGAUUAUGCUGGCACGGCGCAUUCGUUUAUGGGGGCCACAUUAGCUGCCUGCAGUUUGGACUUAGGAUUUUGGGACACGGCGGCGAACCGGGACUCCCAGCUCAGUGAACUAAUAGGCCCCGAUACGUUCCUCGCAGUACAUCGGCAGACCCUAACCCUGGCGGAUGCCAAAAGCAAGUUUGAGCAGGAGCAGGUGCAACGGAAGCGCAAUCAGGAGACCCUUUUCUUUUGUCGCGGAUGCACCCCGAAAGCCAAAGGCGAGCACGGCCUCCUGCCGUUGCGCGACUUCACCAGUAACAAUUUAUGGCAGCCGGAUGCGUGGUUGGAGAUCGUGUGUCUCGGCAUGGAACGCUUGUGCAGCCAGUGCCGCCACCCAGAGCCGUUCGGGAACCCCACCAGCGCCGAAGCCGACGCCGCCAGCAAGUGUGCGUUUUGCAACAAGACCCCACUUGCGCAACUCGGUUUUUGCAAGCAAUGCAUGUCCCAAGAAAGAUUGGCUUGUGCCCGCUGUGACGUUGGCAGAAAACUCAAACCCAAGACCUUGGCGGACUUCAGCCCGGCGGAAAUUCAACGCCGCAAAAAAAACAGAGACCUACGAAGAGCAUGCUGCAGGAAGUGCGAGCUGCAUCAACCGAACAAGUCCAAAGCAAAAGCCGGGCAGUGCCGCACGUGUCGGAACCUCGUCAGCGUGUCCCACUUGCGCCAGUAUGAUUCCAAAGCCAACGACGGCAUUUGUCGCAAAUGUUGGCGGAAGGCAACCGACUUGGAGGCAGCGACCGCCAAAGUCUGCCCACAGUGCAGCACACCUUUGAAACCAGCGGCGACGCCAGGCUCGUGGUGUCAGAGCUGCGCCUAUCCACCGUGUGCAAGUUGCCAAAAAGUGGCACGGCCAAACAAAGGCCCGUACCACGCCAAACACAAACCUGUCUGGCUGUGCCCAGCCUGUACAGGAUGUCCACAGUGCCACAAACCUUUGAAAGCACGUUCGAAACCAGGCACAUGGUGUCAGAGUUGUGCCUAUCCACCGUGUGCAGGUUGCCAAAAAGUUGCGCGGCCAAGCAAAGAUACGUACCAUGCCAAGCAUCGACCCUUUUGGCGGUGCGCAGAAUGCGCCCAGGCAAGCUGUCCGAUGUGCCAGGCCAAUCCCAUAGGCCCAGACGCCGGCGGCGGGCCAGACGCCGCGUGUCCACAGUGUGCAGAACGUGGUCCCAAGUGCGCAGUAUGCAAACAGCCAAUGCUCGGCCGCCCGCAUUCCCACGGCUGGUGCCACGGGUGUGCCUUUCCGCCAUGUGCAGCCGGCUGUGGUCGACCGCGUCCGAGCACCCACGCAGCCGAUCAUGCCAAAUUCAAGCCAGAGUGGACGUGCCAGACCUGCUACGCAUCCGACACGGGACCGGCCAAACGCCGUAAGAUCCAAAAGGCCGAGGAAGCAGACACCUUGCCACCGUUGCCGCCGCCGGCGGAACCGCCUGAUGACAGUGCCACUCCGGCGGCUCCCUGUAGCCAGCCCAAGCGAAGAAAAGCGCAGAGCAGGCCCACCGGCACGGCGCCGUGCGCCACGCCAGCUCAGACCACACCCGCACUUCGGCCAGCUGUCGCGGACGCCGUGCCAAAACCACCCGAUGACAGCUCAGUUUCCCAGCCUGCAGUUUUGUUGUGUCAACCACGGAAAAGGAAACGAGGCGUCGCCAGCGCCAACUUGGAGAGCUCCUUGCCGGCACCUGUCCCAGAGACCGUGCUGCCC